CCAACGAUGGUGCCGGCGGACUUCUGGCGUUGGGGCGAAGGCCUGGCCGGAGAAAAUGGCGAGCACCGGAGUCGUGUAUCCAAGCUUAAGUCAGGCCAGGGACUCCGUGAGUCAAGCCGCGGCUCGGCUGGUCCUCAACUAAACUACUGAUUAAGUGGUGAGGUAAUUCAGGAAGUAUGUGUUACCGUGAAGAUAGGGUCAAACGUGGAUUCUCAAAUGACCGAGCAAGCCUGAGGUUGUGCUUUACAUAGAAGAAAGAGCAUGGAAUUUUCAUUGGGACGACCAAAGAGGUCAACUUGUAAUAUUAAUUCAGCAUUUGGGAAAUUGGGGCGAUUGUGCUUAAUGUUUACUCUGCAUAUCGAGCCUUUUGAAUCGAAUCCAAUCCAAUCCAAACCAGUUUCUGCUGUUUUGUUUUACGAUGGAUUUCAUUACUCCAGUUAUUACGCUUGUGGCCUCUGCCAUAGAUUGUGUAGCCGGAAGAUUCGCAACUGAAGGAGAUCUGGUUAAAAGAAUUGAUAAUCUUGAUAGAGCCUUGGAGGAGCUGAUUGAAGUGAGGGAUGACUUGAUCAAGCAGGUGGAUGGAGCAGAGCUAAAGGGGUUAUCUCGUACAAAUCAAGUCAAGGGGUGGCUAGCAAGAGUGGGCAGAGUUGAAACAGAAGCGAGACAGAUGAUAGAUCAAAUGAGACAGAAGAAACAAGUCCUAUUCUGCUGUGAUGCAUCCUGUUGUUUGAGGUAUGAGCGCAUCAACGAGGCCGACGAGAAGCUUGCUGUGGUCAGAGAGCUGAAGGGGCGAGGAAGAUUGGAAGUUGACUUGGCAGAUGGGCUGCUUCUGGUGCCUGUGGUGGAGGUGCCAAACAGGCCUACUGUGGGGAUGGAGUUAAUGCUGGAUAGAGUCGGGAUUCUUCUGAGGGACGAGACGGUUGGAAUGCUCGGAAUUUAUGGGAUGGGAGGGGUUGGCAAGACGACUCUCUUGAAGUGCAUAAAUAAUGGAUUUCUGAAUCAGGAUCAUGACUUUGAUGUAAUAAUAUGGGUUGUGGUAUCCAGAGAUUUCAUGAUCGAAAAGAUUCAGCGAGCUAUUGGGGAGAGGCUAGGCCUGUCGUGGGAUGAGACACAGUUUCAAGAACUAAGAGCUUCGAGAAUACACAGUGUCAUGAGGAAGAGGAAAUUUCUGUUGCUGUUGGAUGAUGUUUGGGGAGGCCUUGAUCUGGACAAUGUUGGCAUACCGAUCCCCAGUCAAGAAAACGGGAGCAAAGUAAUUUUUACAACACGGUCAAUGGAAGUGUGUAGCUAUAUGGAUGCCGAUGAUCAGCUCAAGGUUGAAUUCCUGAGUGAGAUGGAAUCAUGGGAGCUCUUCUGUCGGAAAAUCGGCAAGCUUGACAUCCUAAGCACACCCCUGAUAAAGGAUCAUGCCAAGACCAUUGUGCAAAAAUGCGGAGGCCUUCCUCUCGCCUUGAUCACCAUGGGAAGGGCGAUGGCGAACAAGAAAGUUGAGGAGGAGUGGAGACACGCAGUCGAAGCGCUGCACAAGACUCCAUCAGACAUUCAAGGCAUGGAAGAUGUGUUUACACUCCUCAAGUUCAGUUACGACAAUCUUGGCAAUGAUGUCUUGCGCUCGUGCCUAGUGUACUGCUCUUUAUUUCCCGAAGACUGCAGUAUUGAGAAAGAACAGCUGAUUGAGUACUGGGCAGGGGAAGGCUUUCUAGAUGGCUACCAACACCGGGAUCCCCAUGCCGUUGGGCAUUCCAUUAUCGGAUCUUUGCGAGUUGCGUGCUUCUUGCAGAGCGGCGAAGAGGAAUCACAGGUCAAGAUGCAUGAUGUCGUGAGGAGUUUCACCUUAUGGAUUGUGUCAGAGCAGUCGAGAUUCAUAAUGCAGGCCAGUGAAGGGCUAACAGAAGCACCAUCUGCCGAGAGGUUGAGUCGAGCAGAGAGGGUCUCAUUGUUGGACAAUGCAAUCACUAAACUAUCUGGCACACCUAUAUGUCCCAACCUAUCGACGCUGUUUCUCCAAUUGAACAAAAGCCUUACCAAAAUUUCUGAUGGCUAUUUCCAGAACAUGCCAGCUCUCAAAGUUCUGGACUUGUCGUUCACUGGCAUCAAGCAGCUUCCAUUAAGUAUUUACGCCUUGGAAGAGAUUCGCCAUCUGGACCUGUCGGGAACUAGGUUAAGAGCAUUGCCGGCAGCGCUGGGAUCACUGAAAAACUUACGGCAUUUGAACGUGCAGCGCAAUCAGAACUUAACCGUGAUCCCCCGUGAUGCAUUAUUGCAGAUGUGUAGAUUGAGAGCCUUAAAUUUCUACUACAGCUACUCUGGUUGGGAGAUGGAACAGUUCGAAGGGUCCAGUCAACUGAGGCUCAAGGACUUGGAACAAAUGGACACUCUUCAGUCACUGGGGAUCACAGUAGCUAAUGUAUCUGCUUUGAGUGUAAUCUCGUCGAGUAAGUUUCUUCGAAGCUGCAUACAGUAUCUGUACAUCAAGGAGUGUGAAGGUCUGCACUACUUGCCGCUGUCAUCACAUCCUGGAGACGGUGAUCAAUUGCGUAGGCUGAGUAUCAACAAUUGUGUCGGCAUAAAGCAUUUGGUUGUAGAAGAGGCAGCAGGACAAUGUUGGCUACCAAAGCUGGAGAUUCUCGCCCUUAACGGGCUUCCCAACCUGAUAUCGAUCUGGAAAAACAGGGUGGGCGACGGAUGCCUUGUCAACCUUCGAUCUGUCAACAUUUGGUACUGUCACAAGCUGAAGCAUGUUUCUUGGAUUCUGAGACUCCCACAGCUUGAGACAGUUUAUAUAUUUUACUGCAAAAUGAUGGAAGAGGUUAUAAGAGGGGAAGAUGCAGCAGAAGAGGAUUACAAGAAGGUGUUUCCUAAACUCAAAACUAUUUCGAUAAGAGAUGCACCGCAAUUGAGGAGUAUCUGCCAAAAGGCCAUCUCUUUUCAAUGCCUGAAGAAGAUUGCCGUCAUCGAUUGUCCAAAUCUGAGGAAGCUUCCACUCAAAGCACACAAUGUUGCUGAAUUACCGAUAGUGUAUUGCUACAAGGCAUGGUGGGAUGACUUGGUGUGGGAUGACAGUGAUACAAAAGACACCUUUCUGCCAUAUUUCAUCAGAGCUUGAUGCAGGUUCAGAUCAGGGGCUGUCUAAAGUGUAUACUUUUUGUAAUUUAUGCAAAAUACUCACCACUAUUCUUCAUAUGCACCAUCCAAAAUGCUAUGGGAUGCUUCUUUUGUUUGC